UUCGGCGUUCAUGCAUGAUAGCUCGAAAUAUAUCUUGACUAUAGGAUAGACCUGUAUACCAGCUAGACCUAUAUCAUACUGAACUAUAGAAUAUGUCGGACCAGGCAGUGAUAGAUCGGGAACGGUGGAGUUGGCGAUUUGAAUCUAUUGGGACGAACAUCGGCUUCGUAGCCUGUUUUCAGAACUUAUGGCGCUUCCCUUACCUCUGCUACGCCAAUGGCGGGUUUCUGUUCCUCAUCCCAUAUUUACUAUGUUCCAUGUUUCUUGCGAUUCCUCUCAUGUUCUUGGAGACGGCACUCGGUCAAUACACCUCCUCAGGUCCCAUCAGAGCAUGGAAGAUAUGCCCACUUUUUCAAGGUAUUGGUGUCGCCACCACUGUCGUUGCUUGGUGGCGUACCAUCUACCAUAACGUCAUCCUGGCUUGGACUCUAUACUACCUCUACAGUUCGUGCCUUGGCGGUGAGCUCCCCUGGACGAGAUGCAAUAAUGUAUGGAACACACCUUCAUGCCUUGAAAGCUCCUCUAAAUGGGUGUGCGUUAACGGAACCUAUAUCAUCGGCAACAAGUGGGAUACGUAUCCAACGGAAGCACCGCGAGCUCCAUCGUGGAACAGUUGGGAUGUAGCAGGGUCUUCAGAUAACCCUGACCGAUGUGCUUAUAAUUCCCCUGCAACCACCAACCCGGCCCAGGAGUUCUGGAAAUUCAAUGUGCUACAACAGACAGACGGAAUACAUGACGUAGGACGUAUUGUUUGGUAUCUUGCCCUAAACCUCUUCCUCGCAUGGAAGCUCAUCUACUUUGGCCUCUGGAUGGGAGUCAAAUUGAGCGGCAAGAUAGCUUAUUUCACCGUUCCCUAUAUACACCUUGUACUAGCCGCAUUUUUUAUACGUGGGGUCACUUUACCAGGAGCGUAUGAUGGUUUGCGGUUUUUUCUCUACCCCAACAUAUAUCUACUUGGAAGAACACAGGUGUGGAUAGCCGCUGGAACAGAAGUUUUCUAUUCCUUCUCGAUUGGACUGGGUGCUUUCACAGCCCUUGGCAGCUUCAACAAAUUCCACUACAACUUCUAUAGGGACAGCAUGAUCGUAGCCUACUUAAAUGUGAUUACAAGUAUCUACGGUGUUCUCAUCGUCUCUUCAUUCGUUGGCUUCGUAGCGACCACUGAGGGAAUCCCAGUAAAUGGAGCCGUUAAUGCAGGUCCUGGUCUUAUUUUCGAGGUCUUUCCGCGUGCUUUUGCUGCGAUGCCUUCAUCAAGGGUCUCGGCAAUUUUCUUCUUCCUAGUGGUCCUAACGAUUGUGCUAAACUCUCAGCUCGUCAUGGUAGGGGCGUUCAUCACGUCUGUCUUGGAUCUUUUCCCUACCUCGCUGCGGAUUGGGUAUUAUAAAGGGCUAUUCGUAUUGGGAGUCUGCUUUGUAAACUUCCUGAUUGGCCUUAGUAUGGUAACUCAGGGUGGUCUCUACGUCUUCACGCUCUUCAGUAACUAUGGGGAUAGUGCCUUCCCUAUCGUUUGGAUAUGUUUCUUCGAGAGCAUCGCCAUCGGAUGGUUUUAUGGUGUUAGAAGGUUCUCCCGAGACAUUGCCGAGAUGCUGAAAUGGCAACAGAUUGAAUGGUACAUAAUCUGCUGGCCAGUCACUGUUCCUAUUAUUGCUCUGCUCGUUUGGAUCGGCAACAUAGUGUACUGGGCCCCGCUGUCCUAUUUCCCUGGCUACCCGAGAUGGGCCGACGGGCUCGGCUUCUGUAUGACCCUCUCGUCGAUGGUGUGCAUUCCCGCAGGAGCGGUCUACUCCAUCUUCUAUCACAUGAUCAAAGGUGAAGGGCCCACUAUGACGAGGCUGAAAAAGGUUAUCCAACCCACUAUCGUUCCCUUUCGUUACGAACUACAUGUAGAACCAGAUGGUGUGGAAAUGACCUAAGUUCAUGAGAGUCAAUUAAAAAAAAACUUUAUGUAAUAGUGGAAAAGAUUGAAAAAAAUAAUCACUUGCAGUUUUGAAGUCGUAUGCUAUCUCUGAAAUGAUACGAAAUUAUAUAAAUACUUUAAAUUGUUUAAUUUUCUUCGGUUUCAAUUUAUAUUUGAUGAUAAUUCCAAGUCAUUGGAUUGCAAACUUAUAAUAGCCUAUUCAAUUUUACCUCAAUGAAAAAUUGUGAUUUUGAAAUAUUGGGCAAAAUUCGUAAAAGAACAAAAGCAGUUCAAUAAUUAUGCUUUUUUUUUUCCUCCUCAAAAUUAUUAUGGUAGCUUGGCUUACAGUAAAUUUUAUUCGUAUUUGAAAAGAUCGGCGUAGGCGUAGUUAUGGGCGCAAUUCUUUUUAAUGAGCUAACGUUUAAUGUUGUCCAAAAUUAAUACUUCUUUCGACUUUCUAUAUCUCGCGAACGAGGAGCAAUUUUGACACCAUCACGAUAUAGCCAAAUGUAGGCCUGUAGCUUGAUUAUUACCAUAUCAUGUCGAAUUUGUAGUAUACCUUUUUUUACAUUCUCAUAUACUUGAAAUGCCUAUAUCAUGAAAAACAUGAAUUGGUGCGUGGGUGCGUGGGUGAGUGUGCAUGUUGUAAGUAUUUCUACAAUAUUAUUACACGAAGGUUUUGAUUCAUUUUAACAAGUAUUUAAAAACAAUUAAGGUUAUUAAUAUGUCAUAUUCUCUUUCUCUCUGAUG